AUGGAGCGUCAGAGAAUCGACGUCCUCGCGCGGCAGAUCCAAGCAGGCUUCACGGAGGAGUCUGCAGUUCGGCAGUCCCUGGAGGGGCGCAGGUUCCUGACGCCAAAGAUUGUCGCUCUCCUCGUUGCCUGUGCCGGCGAGGAGAAUGUGUUUACUGCAGGUGCAGAGUUGGAAAAGCAUUCGCAGGACCACUCUCAUCAUCUUCCGUCCCCACCAGAGAUGGUGAUCUAUGCCAGGUCGACGGAGAUGAUCAGCGGUAUCAUGCGCAUCUGCAACAGCCACCGAGUCCCGGUAACGCCCUGUGGGGCGAGGACAGGUCUCGAGGGUGGUAGCAUCCCUGUGGGCGGCGGGGUCUCUUUGGACCUGUCCAAGAUGAAUCAAGUCCUGAAGCUGUACAAGGACGAGCUUCAAGUUCAUGUGCAGGCGGGGAUCAAGAAGGAGGCGCUGAACGACUACCUGGAAAGCGAAGGUCUCUUCUUCCAGGUGGAUCCGGCCUCGAACCCCUCCCUGGGAGGCAUGGCCGCCACGGGAUCUUCCGGCACCCUGUGCUGCAAGUACGGCACCAUGAAAGAGAACGUGAUCUCACUGACAGUCGUUUUGGCCGAUGGCACGGUGGUCACGACAAGGCGGCGGACCCGCAAGAACUCCACUGGCUACGACCUGACGCACCUCUGCAUGGGCCAGGAAGGCACUCUCGCAGUCAUUGCCGAGCUCGUUGUGAAAGUCACUCCCCAGCCCAGCGGCGAAAGCAGCCUGCGCGUCAGCUUCGAUUCGCUGCAGGCGUGCUCGCGGGCUGUGGUGAAGCUGAAACAGGCGCAGCUGAGCCUCUCCCGCGUAGAGCUGCUCAAUACACAGAGCAUACUCUCGUUGAAUGACAGCCAGAAGAAUCGCGCCAACCCGAUACAGUUGGAGCCAGUGCCCACGCUCUUCCUCCAGGUCCACGCCACCUCGGCAGCUCUGGCUGCGCAGGAGCUCGACUCUGCCAAGGCCAUCGCAGAAACCGAAGGUGGCCGAUCUUUCGUCCUUGCGAUCGCAAAGGAGGAGCAGCAACAGCUGUGGGAUCUCAGGCGAGGUGCCUACUACGCUUGCCAGUCAAAUCGAAAGCACCUGGUGGCCAGGGGCGCGACAGACGUGCGGAUGCUUAGCACAGACGUUUGCGUGCCGUUGAGCGACUUCCCGGCGCUGAUCGAGGAGACGGAGGAAGACUACAAAGCCACGGCCGAGGAGACGGGCAUCAGGUUCCUGUGCAACAUAUUUGGCCACGCUGCGGAUGGCAACUUCCACUGUUGUGUCAUGUUUGACCACGGGAACGCCAAGGAGGUGGAGGUCCUGCAUCAGUUGGACAGGCGGAUGUGGGCGCGGGCCCUUGCGCACGGUGGUGUCGUCAGCGGCGAGCAUGGCGCAGGCAUGGGCAAAGUUUCAGCACUCUCAGAGGAGUGGGGCACCGACGCGAUUGGUGUGAUGUGGUUUGCUGAGAAGCACCGAGUUUGGGUCUGGGGAGCGGGGAAAGAACCGGAGAAGCCCCGACUCCGACGAUACGGCCGUGCCAUUUUCCAUCAGUUGAUUGCUGCAUGCCAGCAUCCUUCCAUGGAGCAUGGAGGAUGUCCUUGGGCAUUGGGUUUGGGUAGAUGGUUCAAAGAGAGAGUUCAAUAUGACAAUCUCAAUGCACGACCCCUCGGUACCCAGACCCCCGUUCCCGCUCUAAAGCAGAUCAGUUUCCGCAGCGUGGUAUUUCACUGCCGAAGGAUAUCUUUCAGAAGCGACUGCGGGCUCAGGGAACUCACAGGGUCUCAGAGUCUCAGGUUCAGGACUGGGGAUAUAGUGUCGGCUGAGUGCAGAGUCCAGGCCCAGGCUUCUGCAGUGCGAGGCGCUUCCAUGCUCAGGGUCACGUGUGGCCAAAUGGACCUUUCGGAACGCAGGGCCAGGUCUGUACAGAGGGCAGUGGUGCAAAGCUUCCAUUGCAAACCUGUGAGCUUCUUUCAGCAUGACGCGGGGUCUCGGAAUCUGAGUGUCACAUCGCUCAGAAAGGAACAUGGUAGUGGUAAGUCUGGUUUCACCUAG